AUGGACAGCCCUUCCCCCGUGGUCGAGCUCGACGUCCACCCAGCGCGCAGACGGACGUCGACCAAGGGCAGGACUCUGACGUCGGCCGCUGCCAAGCCGCCGCCAUGGCGAGACACCAUGCUGCGCUCGAGGCCUGUCCGCGCAUCGCUCUCCGUCUCUGCCUACGCCACCCCGCGCGCUGCGCGCUGCCGUAUCCGGCUGCUUGGGGCUACAUCGCUCGACGACAUUCCCGCUGGCGCCUUCGUCGAGACCGUCGUCGGCUCCUCACGCGCAGUCACUCAAGUCCAGCUUGGGACACCUCUCGACGACGGCCUCGGACUCAGCUGGACACCCCAUGACGUCGGCGCCGAUCUUGAGUUUGAGCUUCCGCACGCUGCAGCCGUUGCCCUCAUCAAGGGCGAGCAGCUCGCUGAGGAUGGUGAUGGCAGCGCAAGCGACGGCAUCGCGCUCACCUUGUGGGGCUAUGGCGGGUCGGCGCCGCCGACCUUUGUGGGCCACGUGGUGCUCCCGUUUGGAGAGCUUGUGGUGGCAGACGACCACAGCGAGGCGACUGAGACUCGGCUCGUCCUCGGCAAGAUGUCGGUCCGGCUUCUCGACUGGCUCUCGCACUCGAUCCUGCACGUGGCGCUGCCCGAGGCCGGUGCCUUUCGCUUCAAGAACACCUCGUACUACCAAGUUGUCCGUGCAAAGGUCCGCGAGCCGCUGCCGCUGCCGUCGCCCAUCUGCAAGCGCGACAACAUCGCGUUUGAGCUCUACACCACCGAGGUGACAUAUGUCAACGGGCUUACCGUCCUCGCGCAGGAGCUCUACGGCCCGCUUCUAGCGGCGGCCGACGCGAGCGCAGGCGACUCGCCGGCGCUCCCGUACGCGCUCCCGGAGAUGAUCCCCGCCACCCAGCUCCGCCUCAUGGCGGCUAACCUUGAACUCCUCCUCCGCGGCCAUCUCGCGCUACUCGACGACAUCGAGGCGCGGAUCACGCACUGGUCGGCGUCGUCCACUCUUGGCGACCUCUUUGUCUCGGCCGUUCCGCUCUUCUCGGCAUACUCCAAGUACUGCGCCGCCACCGAGCUCGCGCUCUCGGUCCUCGCCGCUGCUGAAAAGACAUCGCCGCAGUUCUUCGCCUUUGACCUGCAGUCGUGCCGCUACCACGGCGGCUCCAACUUUCGCGCCCUCGUCAUUCUCCCGGUCCAGCGCAUUCCGCGGUACCGGCUCUUGCUAGCUGACUUGCUCAAGGCCACGCCGAAGCAGCACCUUGAUGUCGGCCCGGUCUCGGCUGCGCUCGCCUCCAUCACCAAGGUGGCGUCGAACAUCAACUCGGCGCUGUCCGCGCAGGCGUCCCGCACUUUUUGCGCCCGGCCGCACUUUUAUCGCCAAGGCCGCGCUCUCGCCAGUCUCGCUCCGCUCCUCUUCUACGGCGUCCUCUGCUCCGACGUGCUCCUCGUCGGCUACCAAGAGUCCAAGAAAAAGCCCAUGGACGUCGUAUACGUCUUUCCGCUAGUCACCACAUGGGUCGAGGACCUCCGCGACCUCGACCCGCAGACCGCCAACAGCCUCUCGUUUGAGCUCUACACCUGCGAGGCCUCACUCUUUGUCUACGUCGACUCGGUGGACGCCAAGGCCACAUGGAUCGCCGCCCUCCGGCGUGCCAUCGCAGACGCCCUCGCCCUGACUGUCGGCCCAGACGAGCCGCUCCCGGAUCCAACGCCCGAGGGGCUUGCCACCCGCCCGGCCGCGCACUUUUACUACGCCGACGGCUCCAUCUACAUGGGCGCGCUCCGCUGCGGGGAGCGCCACGGCCAGGGCACCCUCAUCCAGGCCAACGGCGACCAGUACGACGGCGCGUGGUUCGAGGGCGAGCGCCACGGGCAGGGCCGCCAGUCGUACGCCUUGCCGAGCGCCAAGUUUGCCGUCCUCGAGGGCGAGUUCUUCCACGGCGUCUUCCUCUCGUCCACAGCCUCAGCCACCGUCUCCAUGCCUCUCGCCGGCUCAACGCUGUCGGCCAACUCGCCGUCGCUCUCCAUCGCCUCCAUCGCCUCCCUCUCGCGCGAGCGCCAGGGCUCGACCCUCGCCCCAGUCCCGCGCUCGCUCCUUGCCACGCCCGAGUCCAUCCUCCUUGCCUCGCGCCGCAACCCGCUCCGGGUCCGCCGCGAGGCACUCGACUCGCUGCCGCGCGCUCCUCACCCUGCGCGCCCCGCCCUCGCCAAGGCGCUUGUCGCUGUUCAGGCCAUCUCGCCGUCAUCGGUCGCCCUUGACGACGGCGGCUCAGUCCACGCCCAGCUCAAGUCGUUUAAUGGCGCCGCGCCCAUUGGCCUCGACCCGCCGCCGCUUGUCCUUCACGUCGCCCCGGCCCCGACAGGCGCCGGCGUCUGGAACCUCGACGUCGCCUUUUACACCCACGGCGUCUUUGUCGUCGCCAUCCGCAACGGCUCCCACCUUACAGACGUUCUCUCAUUCGAGGUCAAGCAGCCGCGUCCGCCACCGCACGCCUCGCCGCUCCGCCCCGCACCCGCACCCGCCGCCCCGGCCAAGCCCAUCGUCACCGUCACAGACGUCACCUUUCCGCACCGCCAGGCGCUGCAGGCCCGCUCCCGCGCCCCGCCACCCAAGCCGCCUCCGCCCACCCUGAUCGACGCCUCGUCGGCGCCGGCACUCUGCGGCACAAGACCGCGCGCCGACUCGGUUCACUUUUCGUCGUCGUCGUCGUCGUCGUCGGCCUCGUCGUCCGAGUACUCGGCGUACUCGUACGGCGACCUGUAAACAGGACGCAACUAUGUGCUUCAUUCAGGCGUCGCCACUCGCCGCCGCCGCGUACUGCGCCCGCCGC